UAUCUGAUAUGCAUCAGUGGGUAACUCCAAAUCCCAACGCUGACGCGAAGAAGCGCAGCAGUCCGCGCAAGUCGUCUCAGUGGCUCUCUGCGGUUACCCGCGUCGAUGCGAACACGACCGCUACUGUGAAGCCGCUCUCACCCGCUUGGCAUUGCCUCUCUGAGGCAGGACACAGUAUUCCACAGCGUCUGCGCCUCGACGUCGAUCCUUGCCGGAGCGUACCAUCGCGCAUCUCGAGAGCUGUGAGCCCUUUGGCUCGCUUCGCCCCGGUGACUGCGGAUGAGAUAGAAGCAGAACAGGAGAUUGAGGACCACUUUAAUUGCUUCGUAUAUAGUGAUGAUUCGGACACAGCCAGCGACUGGUCCGCACGCGAAUGAAACACAUUUUUUUGAACGGCGAGUGCGCACUGCGCGAAACGGUAAACAACUUUGAGCGUCGAGGAAUUUGUUACUCUCCUCAAAGCCUCAAGCGUGCACGUCUUGCCCCGAUCCUGCAUUCCUGUCACAGAUUCCGACCGAUUAUCCUAUCCUCCCACGGCAAGCCCACAUCACGCGCAAGGACGAUGUCACGCGGCGUCGUCAGCAUAUCAAGACCACCGUUCGACCGGUACGCUGCCACAAACUGCUCGAACGUCAGACUACCUGCGGGAUGUACGCGUCGUAUUCCCGCGUUAGCAGAAGACCGCCCGCGGUGAAAAACAAUACCAAUUAUCCUUCAUGAGCGGCACGAGUGGUCCUAUACAAUGGUAGCCGUACUCCAUGUACCAACCAAUAUCCACCAUGCUGUCGACGAUCCUAGGGAUCAGGCUUGUCCAGCUGAGCCGGUCAGUGUUCCUGGGAUGUAUAGUUCCUCCCAUUGCGGGGGCACUGGAUCGGGCUGCGUUGUUUUCCAUUACGCACGGAGAGCAUCAGCGUACCCCUGAGGCAGCAUUAAAGAUCUCAAAUGCUUGGAAAUGGAGUGCAAAUCCAGCAGGAAUCGUUGUCUGUGUGUAUUGAAGGAGGGCAUUAUGUGAAGAAAAUUAUCUGCUCACCUCAAGCACCGCCUCUAGUUUGUGCCUUCCAUCGCUGUAAGGCAUGAGAGUACAGCCGCGAUGGACAGGAGUUGGCA